AUGUAUCGCAUGCCCCGAGCACUCACACUGCGCCAGCAUCCUCUGUUCCGACCACGUGCCCUACGACAACGCAACCUCAGUCUCCUCCCACGAAGAAGUAAUCCCGCGACAUUAUACAGACCCAGUGGCGAACCCGUACGAUACCAGGCCGUCCGCUUCCGAAAAGCACCCUUCUUCACACAGAGACGACUGCUUGUCACAGCACUGUAUGCCGGGGUCAUCUACCUGUACAUGACCUUGGCUCUGCAAUAUCUGGUCGUGGAGAUCGAGAUAGUGCCAGAGUCGGAGGCCGAUGAGAAGCGGAAACAGGAGAAUGGGCAAGAAGGAGGGGAGAUGACGGAGGAGGAUGAAGAGGAUCUACUAUGGGCGUUAGAUGACAGCACAUUCGUGCCUAUGACCUGGGCGAAGAAGCUACCGAGAUCCUUCUAUAAAGGCUCUGAUCCAGAAUGGCAGGAAUUUGUGAAGGUGGCGAAGGACAAGUCACGGCAUAAGAAAAUACAAAACGAAUUGGUGCAGAUCGUGUACGCGGGCAGUAUAAAGCAUCCCAUGAUCGCGCGGCAGCUCGGCAAAGAAAUGAAAGUUGGAAAAUACUGGCUGGAUAUUUCGUUUCCGGAUGGUCCACCCCAGGAGUACGAGAGGUAUGGCGUAGAAAUCGGCGACGACUUCAUCGCAUGGAGCAAACAGAAAGUCAGCCAGGAGAAUCACUGGCGGUUGACCAGAGCGCUUUGGCCUACAGCAACAGCAGAGUCUCUGUGGGCGACUACUAAAGUUCUAGCUGGGAUACAAUACCGACGGGCCAAGCAAGCUCUCGGCUGGGAAGGAAAGGACCCUUUCAGUCCGGAAGAACGAUACAAGCACGCUAUGGACCUCCUAGCCAAACAACAACAAGCGCGAGAAAGGAAAGAAGUGGGUAACACCCAAACUCCAGACGGCAGCACACCUGCCGGUAGCGUCGUCACGACCACAAAUUCCUCCGCCACACCCGACACCACCAAACCUACUACCGCCUCACCUUCAGACAAGAAGUUACCAUGGACCCUCAGCGUCCCCAUGCCCAACGUCUCCUCCCUCGGCACAGCCACAGAUUUACCCAUAGCAAUGCACGUCUUCAACCACGCCCUCUCGAAAAACUGGAAUCCGAAGAAAGCCGAACCGCCUCGCGGCACAUUCGUCGUGCAAGGACUUGUCGAGAUAAGAGGGCAGAGAGGGAGGAUGUUGUUUGAUGUGCAGAGUGCUUAUGAUCCCAAAGCUGGGAAAUAUGUCGCUGUGAAUGCUGGGGUGAGGAAUUUCAAGAAGUGGAAUCAGGCGCCUAAGGGAAUAGCCGAAGGCGGGGCUCGAACCCGCGACCUUGAGGUGUCUGUCAACCAACCGAAUUGCUUCGGUGAGGUUUAA